UGUAAUUUAACUGAAGCAAUAAGCAAUAUUGAAUAUUUUCUAGUGUCAACCAGCUCUAACCCAAAUCUAUCUUCAAUAGAAGUUCUUAGUAAGGAAGCCACUGUUGCCCUUUCUGUUGUUGGAGCAAUCCUGUUCCUCUGUAUCGUCCUUGGGUUCGCCUUCUUUUGCUUUAGACGCCAUCAGCGGAGGAAGAUUGUAGAGGAUCGUAAUCAGUUUUUUCCAAUAUACACUGGAAAACACCAGGUAAAAUACCGUGUAAAACGAGCUUAAAAUGAAACCACUACACAACAGCCAGUGCCUGCUUGGAUUCUGCAACUUAUUUUGGCUGAAAAUGAUGUUUGUUGGACUACGUAAAUUUCACACCCCUCCCAUUCCCAGGUCAUACCUAACACCUACAAUGACAACUUUAAACGCGGAAAAACGGAGGAGGGGGAUUUCUUUUACUUGUGAAAAUUUUGUCUCAGAGGAGCAAUGAAAUUAGAAAAGGGGUUUUAUAACCAAACGUCUCUCAACCUUUGUUCAAACAUGACGACGAAAAUGAAAUGAAUUGCGAUCUUUCAAACUUCAUCUUGAUUAACGUCAUCUCCUUUGAUAUGUGAAACGUAGGUGACUUUACGUGGAGUAGUUGAAUUUCUAUGGACAGCCAAGUUAAAAAAGGGAAUAAAAAAUUUAUCGUCAGUGCCGGUUAACGUCCGUCGCAAAACGCCCAUUGGCACUAAUUUUUCACGUAGUAGUCAUGAAAUUAAGUUUGGUGGCCCGAGCAAAGUUGUCGUUUUUGGUUGUUAAUCCGACCCGCUACUGUUUUACAUUCUCGUUACCGUCGUCGACUCUCUUUUGCUUAAAAUCUUUAGUAACCUUUCGAAAGGCAGGGUUGCUUUACUUAUGGCUACUUUACAUUCGUGUAAACUCUCAUGGUGUUGGACACUUUUGAGAAUGAUUAUACAUUUAUCAGCAUCUGAGUUGCUUGUUCGAGGCCAGUCGACAGACAGAAUUUGCAAAAUUGCAACCACAGAUUGCUCCUCGUUUUAAAAUAGAUGUAUACUCACGGAUAGUAAAGAUAGCUGACAUUUUGCUCAUUUCAUUUGUUUAUUUGUUUAUUUUUUCCUCCAUUAAUUUAUUGUACAAGCCAUUUAUAUUGUAUUACAAGAUUGGAAGAUGAAGAUGCUAUUUGUGGAAUAAAUAUCAGGUUACAAGAAUAAAUGGAGAGGGCAGGAUAUAGUUAAACUAAUUACUUCCCCUUUGAUUAAAUUGCAGUUUUAUUUAGGUUAAAAGAGAAAAAAGAGAAAAGUAAAAACCCUAUAAACUAUGAAACCAGGCUACGAACCAGUCUGUUCCGCAAAAAUAGUCACGACGUUUUUUGUCGACCUACCGUGAACGAGGUGCCGAGUUUGUUUGCGGAGUGGCCAUAAAUUUAAGUCUACUUUUCAAACCUAAACUGGCUUUUGUUUAUUCUGUGACCCGAUUCAAAAAGUGAUCCAUUGCCCUGAAAUAGCCUUCUAAAUUCAGGUAAUACUCAUGAACCAAACAGUUUCCAGUUGGAGGGAAUGAACUUACCAUUGCUUAGACUAAAUAGGUCCCCGUAGUAUUGUAUACGUUAAGUAAUAAAAUAUUUCCUGAUUGUUUUAGCUUGACCCUAAUCGUACACUGCUUGAACAAUGUAAUGAUCUGCCUUAUGACCCUGAUUUCGAGUUUCCUGAGGACAAGCUCAUUCUUGGGGAGUUGUUAGGAUCAGGGGCCUUCGGAAAAGUCAUUAAAGCAGAGGCUAUAGGAAUAAACAACUUUAGUCCCAGAGACAAAAGUCAAAAGAAAAGUCAGCGGCGACCUAAAAUGUUUCGUCAACACAGGGCCGGCCAUGCGUACCACGACCCCAGAGGCAGUGCGUUCACGAAGACCACCGUAGCUGUAAAGACUGUUAAAGGUAAUGUUUCAAGUCAAGAGAUCUCUAUUUCAACUUGUGUAACAUUCACCAUGGAGCAAGGAUGGAUGGUACUUGUCGGGGGUUGGUGGAGGGGAACAAAAAGGAAUUUGGUUUAUAGUUACUGUAGCAACUGAUAAUAUACAGGGGAGGGGACGAGUUACCAGGUUACCUGCGCGGUAAUAAUUUGGGGACGGGGUAGGGUUGAUUUGGGAAUCUGUGCCUACCAGUGGAAAAAACUCCAGCCAUAUAUGCCCCUGGAUUCAGCAUGGGUGAGGUGGGCAAUUCGCGUAUGGCCUAUCUCAUGCAUGAGUACCGUUCGUGGUCAUUCCUAUUGCUGAGGUUUGUGCCUAGUUAAACUGAACGUUGCUUGUAACAUGGUCACAUGGACUCCACCAGACCCGGUGGAAACUGCACUUUUUUUUUAACUGACCGAGUACGAUAUUUUGGGACUUCAGGGGAAGCUACUAAAGAGGAAGAAAGAGACCUAGCAUCAGAGCUGAAAAUUCUAAUUUACGUUGGAGAACACAAAAACAUUGUAAACCUCCUUGGUGCUUGUAUCAAGCGAGAUCGUAUCCUUAUCAUUCUGGAAUAUGCACCACAUGGGAGUUUACAAAAGUUCUUACGAGGCAAGCGAGAUGUUUAUGAAGCAACCUGGACUACGACUGCGAGUGACCCAGAGAUAGGAUUGAAUAUAUCAAAUCUUGUAAGCUUCUCUUACCAAAUAUCCCGUGGAAUGGAACACCUGGCGUCUAAAAAGGUAAUGUAGUAAUGUUGUCCCGUUUAAGGAUUCCCACAUUUCGGAAGAAAAUUCAGUUCUAACAAGAGCUGUAGUGGCUCUUGGUUGUAAUAGACCUUUUCGGCCUAUGUUUUAUUUUCUCAUUUCACAUCACGUGACGUUCUCAAGGCGAUUUGCGUUUUGUCUUUUCAUAAAAUAUACAUACAUAUGCUCGUGGAUGCACGAGCAAAGGACAACUUUUGAAAGGAACGGUUCUCUGGGGUACCAUACCUAUUCUCCAGCACUUGCUUAUUUUCUCCGUUUGCCUUCAAGGAGUUUUGUCCUGAUUUAAAUCGAUCAUUCGACUCUAAAUCUGCGCCUAUUUGUUUGUUUUUCGGGUUUAACAGAGUAUGACUAGUUGAACCGGGGCGCUUGAAAGAUUAUUAUCCAAUCAAAUCGUUUGAACUUACCGUCUUUUUUUUUUUGAAAACAAGAGAUUCUCUGUUAAUGUAAACGGACCAAAAAAAUUCAAUGUGCAACUAUGAAACCGUUGAUAACUUAAAAACCGUUUGAACUUACCUGACCUUUCAGGAAUUAGCGCUUAAAUUUAAUGAGAAUCUUUUGUUUUCAAAAACCGCCAUGAUUAGUAUGACUUGUGUUUGGAUAAUCUAUUUCCAAAAGCCCAGCUUUGAGUAUUCGCAUUGUAAGAGUUUAUUAUGAGUAAUAAGUGGUAAAAAGUAAAGUAACUCAGAGAGAGGAGACCUAAGUAGCCAAAAGCUCGCGCAAAGGAUUAGAAAAAGCAACAUGUAGGAGGAUAAGGUUACGGGAACUCAGAAGCGUGCGCAACAGCUGUGACAUUAAAUCAGCCAUGAACCGGGAGCGAAAGAAGCGAAGAGGUAAGUGUCUGUAGCGUUGGUUUCUCACUGACAAUUCAGCGUUCGAGAGUAAGUGAAGAACAUUGUUUAACAAUGUUUAGUCUUUAUUUUCUUUUACUUUCUGUAGCCUGUGCACUUCCUCUGUUGGUAUAAAAAUUGUUUUUCCUGUUUUUACUGUGAUUAUUAUUAUCAUUAUUAUUAUUAUUGUUAUUAUUAUUAUUAUUAUUAUUAUUGUUAUUAUUUUUAUUAUUAUUAUCUCCUUCUUGUUUCUGAGUUCUUGAUUUUGCAUUUCUUUUUUCAAAACAUAUCUGUUUUAUAUAGUGUGUUCACCGAGACUUGGCGGCCAGAAACGUUCUUGUUGGAGAAGACUACGUCAUGAAGAUCGCUGACUUUGGUCUCGCCCGAGAUAUUUCCAAGAGUGAGUUAUAUGUGCAGACAAACAGUGGUGUUUUGCCAAUGAAGUGGAUGUCGAUAGAAUCAUUGUUUUCGAGGGAGUACUCAGAGAAAAGUGAUGUGUAAGUACAAAUGACACUUUAAAAAAAUGAAUGAAGGGAGAAUAUGAAAAUAUGGGAGGAUCGUACUCAAGGAUUACAACUAUAUAAUUAGUGCGUAACUAGGCGUAACUAAGGUAAACUUGCCAUAAAAUAGUUUAGUACGCGCUCUCCGAUUGGCUGAGAAGUAUGUUUGCAUGCGAGUAACACAGUUAAACGCAACCACUCUACCACAGUUUGAAAAACUCGACAAGUUUACUUUAUUAACCCAUAACUUAGAGGCAUGGAACUUGAAAAAACUUUAAAAAUAUGCUAUAUCAAAGUUUUUACGCUCAAGACGACAUUUCAAGGGAGAACAAUCCGUCCUUUAAAAUAUCACCUUUUUUAACAAAUAAAGAAGCCUCGACUGUGCUCUGUUCUGUACGUUGUAAAGCACGCACGACUGGCAGCGGCUAGAACACGAAAGAAGUGUAGGGGGGAACACGAGAUGUAGUCGAGUGUUUCUAUCUACUUCUUGAGUAGUACAACAGAAUAGAGCUCAGUCAAGACUUCCUUAUUUGUUUUAUGAAUAUAAAGAAUCCGUUAAAUUCCCCACACAUUCCUUUUUAAUUUUCAAAACUUAUUUUUUUUGUUGCAAAAGAGUGUCGUCAGCAUGUUUCAUACUGUCAUAAAGCACGCUUUUGCAACAAAUCAGAGUGCACGUUAUAUCUAAACUUUAUUAUAAAUGCAAAAAAAAAAAAACGUACUGAUAACACGUACAAAACUUCGUGUAGAUACAACACUUCGCGACUAGUAAGAACGGCUCUUUUCGUCAGCGCCAUAAACAAAGAGCUAGGUACCAACUUUUUCUUGGGAAAGUUGUCGCUAUUAAAAAAAAGCACCUUAGCAGAAAACUGUUUUUCUGUGGUUUGUAAUUUGUACGAAUUCUCUUAAAUUCUCCCAACACCCGAAUCUCGUGUUUAUAUCAGGGCAUGUAAACACAGCAGAUAACGUUUUCCAUUUUUUAUAAAUAGUACUCGAAAGAAAAAGAAUGCUACUGAUAACGAUUCUUGAAUGUAGCGCUUCAUAUGCAAGCCAUGUAAGUUUUGAUUUGAUAAUUCCUUUGUAGUGGAGUUAAUAGCAGCUUACCAUCUGUUUCCUCGAGUCCAUAGUUUAGCUUAAACAGCUUACAGAGCUUUAUUGACACCCUUUUGGUUUGGAAUGACCCAGGCUGUGAUGACCCUUCGAGUGUGUAUGUUUUUGAACCUUGACAUUUAAUAAUGCAGAUGGUCGUUUGGUAUUUGCUUGUGGGAGAUCUUUACACUGGGCGGGACACCGUAUCCCACUAUACCCGUAGAAGAGCUCCGAGACUUUCUCAAUGAUGGAAACCGUAUGGAAAAUCCCCGAGACUGCCCUUUGGAGAUCUACAAAAUUAUGCAAGAUUGCUGGCAGGAAGGACCCGACAAGCGACCUAAAUUUGAUCAAAUCAGCCAGUCGAUUGGUACAAUACUUGAGCAACGCGCUUCCCAGGUGAGGCCUUUUUUCUACUGUUUUUUUGUUUUUGUCAGACCUUAUUGUACACUAGGUCCUUCAAACGAAAAAAUGAAGUUUAUCAAAAGGGGAUACUCUCUUGAGUGUAUAUAUCCUUUGUUCUGAUGGAGCGAGCGGGAAUUAAGCUUUGCAGGGAGAAUAUGAAGAGAUGACUUAUACUGUGUGCUCUUUAAAAAAAUUACCAUAUUUGCAAUGACAGUGGCGGAUUAAAAUCUCUAACUAAGUGAGGGACCCGCUCAUUUAGUCCCGUAGACUGCAGUUUGGCCUAUAAGGAAGGUGGAGCCCCGGGCCCCCGGGGCCCCUUGGCCCCUCCCUUAGAUCGGCCAUGGAACGAUAUGACACGAUCUGCAUGCUUUUUUUUUAGACUGACGCAAUCCAGAUGCUAAAGCUAUUAUAACAGAUUAUAAAAAUUUAUGAGUCUAUAAGAUCAGAGAAUUUCGACUGCUAAUUUUGGCGCGAAUUUUGAAUAUCUUUUAAAUUUCACAAACUAGUCAGCAAAACCUACAGACCUAAAAAUGGUAUUUUCUGCCUUUUAAUAAAGUUUAGGUUUCCGUUUUGAAAUAUUAUACUUCGAAUGCGCUCAUAGAUAUGGUGAAGAUUUUUUUUUGCGGGAAGAAGCUAAGUGCCCCUUAAAAUGUGUCUAAAAAUAAACUGAUCCGUAAAAACGCCUUGACAUAGGCCUAGUAUGGAAGUUGCUCGCUUCGGGUUAUGGGCUCCUGGCUCGUAUGUUUAUUUUAAACUUCGAUAUUGGGCUCAUUUUUCACAACAGAGUGUCGCGACCGAGUACCUUCACUUAACAGAAGACAACAACCGUGGCAGGAAAGAUUACUACCUUGAUCCACAUGAUUCAGACCCCACCGUUCCUGUGACGAGAGCAGAUGUUUAUGACAGGUUAGUACUCUCGAUUAAGCAUUUGGCUUUUAUUCUUGAAAAGUUUAACCACAAGUGAGUUGCGUUGUCCAUACCCGGUAUUCCGUAUUUAUAAAGGGGUCAACAAGUCCCAGGCUAAAGAACUUCCCAAUAUUAGUUCGACAAUAAAUACGUUAUGUUAUGUUAAUUCAAUAACUGAUAGGUAAGGCCAGUUCUGCUUAUAUACUAGCUUGGCCUCUGAGGGAGCGCUUAUUCGGGGAAGAAAUAGAUUCUUCAAAGAAGUACUGAGGAGACAGUAUAUCGUUCAUGAGACACGUGCAUGGUCAUGACAAAGAACAAAAGGGACUCGGUUACAUUGUUACGCAAGAAAUAACAUUGCUUAACUCGUGGAUACAGAUAAUGGUCUCGCUUUGCACGGUAAAUUUAAAAUUGAGCUGAACGAGUGGCGAAUAAGAAACUGUUCCCUUAUGCCAAUGCCGGCGUUUAAUCAAAGGUAAACAAUCGUUCAGAGAAUGAGAGAAGAGAGAAGGUAUACAUAUACCAUUACUUAAUAUAUUUAAGACAGUGUGCUGGAGGUGAUUGUUAUUCAAGGAGACUCUUAUUUUUCAGUUUGGCAGGCGGAUAUUUAGGGGAAGACUCUUAAUCAACGUGAACGCCUUUUAUUUUUGACAUUUAAGGCGUAAUAGCGUAUAAAUCUCAGAGUGAGAAAAUCUAACUCCGUUCGCUGCGUACAAAUCAUGUUUCGAGUCCAUUGCGGUUGGCAUCAAGAUUUGAAAUAAUGAUAAUAAAAUAGAGCAUUGCGAUCUUGUCUCACAGAAUUAUCGGCUCGUCGUAAAAUGUUCUAGUGUGAUUCACGUUGCCUUUUAUAAUCGUGCGCAUGAUCUAAAAUGUAUGGUCAAAUUUAUAGGAAUCUACUAUGGUUGACAGCGUUGUUUUUUUCUUAUAGGCGAUCAAGUGUAAACAUUGCAAACAAUCCCUUGCCUCCAUUACCAGGUGGCGUGGAUGAUCAAUUCGAUUCAAAAGAUUUACGGUGGCUCGUCGGGAGUGAGGGCGACAUAGAACUAGAAGAAUUCCAUGGUAAUGAGCAGGCUGUGGCCUUGGAACUGACGCCUAUUGCUCACUCUACAGAAAAGGUCGGAAAUUCAAAGAAGAAAACCACAGUCGUCUGA